GUCGUCUGCUGUACUGUAACAAACAAAGUACAAACUCGCAAAAACAGAAAAGUAACCUGAAAUUUCUCUCACCAUGGUUUUGUUAAAAGGAUGGAAAUUUGCUGCAAUGGUUGGCACUGUUGUUGGCGCGAUAGGUUUAGCGAUUUAUCCCAUAAUUGUCAGUCCCAUGAUGAAUCCGGAGCCUUACAAAAAACAGCAAGCUGUCAACAGAAGUGGAAUCAAGCAAGAGGAAGUUCAACCAGGAAACAUGAAAGUUUGGUCAGAUCCCUUCGCCAGACCAAAGGCAGAAGAAAAGUGAAGAGUAUCUCAUAGCUAUAUAUAAUAGAAAAAACCCUUUGUGUAUGAAACAUUAAAACACCUGAAA